CGAGUAGAAAGAUACUGAUCUAGUUUUUUAUUGCGUGGUCCGAGUUCUACGAGUACCAUCUCAGUUCCAUGAAUCAUAUAUACAUAUUGUGUAUUAACUCCUACUAGUACCUUCACAGUUCUCGCCGUAGUUCACAAAGAUCUCCUCGUUCAUGUUCUUUUUGAUUUAUUUUGUUUUUCUUUUUCAUUUUCCUUUUGACAUGCGGGCGCUCCGGUGGUUCCAGCACAGCACACUCCGGACGGUGGAAGGCGAAAAAAGGGCGUGGCAGAUGGCGCAGGAACAAAGCGAAGCCGGAGGGGAAGAGGAGUACGCCAGUCGGCUGGAGCUAUGUCAGCGAACAGGCGUCCCGCCGGUGGAAACACUUAUACGAGAGCGGAGAGUGGCCUGGGCAGUCCAUGCACUUCGCAACAGACGAGAGGCGUGCCACUAUCUGGUCCGGGAGGAAAUCAGGAAGCGCACACCCUGGGGCAGGAUGUUGCAGGACGACUUUGAAGCGGUAGCGCUACCACUAGAAGGAAUUCUAGAGAUGGAAAAACCGCCAGCCGCCACGGCAAUCAAGUCGCACCUGGUCACACACCGGCCCACGAAACCACUGCCGAAGGAACGAAAGGGGGACAACCGUGGAAAGACGAAAGCCUGCAAAGAAAAAACCAAACGCCAGAGCGAGAACAUACAGCGACAAAGAGAGGAAGCACAGCGGCAGAUGCAGGACUUCAUCGCGGAAAUCAGCGGCAGGCGCUGGGAAAGAGUUCCCAGUGCCGGAGGCAAAUACUGGCAAACGACGAAAACCGACGACGAUCCGACCGCGGUGCAGUUCGAAAUUGAAGCCGAGGACUUUUGUGAAAGCACCGGCCGAGAAGAAUACAGAGUGUGCGGCGUCUGGUUCCAGAAGAUGAGUGAUGGAACCUACGCCGCCAGAGCGGUGUGAACGAAAGAAGAAGGAAGUGAUGAUGAUGAAGAAGAUACAUUUGUAAGCACAUCCGAGAAACGCGUGAGGAAACGAUGAGACUCUCAAAAGGAUACAAGCUUGUUGUGAAUGAAUGAAUGAAU